CCGGAGCUGACUGUAUCUCUAAGAAUCCCUGUCGUACUUGUUUUUAUCCCAGACGAAAUAAUAUAGCGAUAGUGUCAAUUUGGUCGUAUAUAGGAAUACAUCUAAAUUCAUAGCUGUUAGUAGUGAUCACUCAUAGCUUGAAGUAUGGUAAUGUUAACAUUAGAUUGUUUUAUUUAUUAAGGCUACAUCGUCCGUUGAGGGGGUAGGCUACAUCGUGGAGUUAAAAGGCGGACCAGUUGUGUCUGUCCUGGUUCUGUCAGAUGAACACAUUUUAGGAAGUCGACACCACUCACGCAUUUUUCCAGCUGACAACAUAGUAUUAGCAAAGUGAAGCCCCCGCCAUGGCGUCUCCAUCCUUUCUCCUCCUCUUCCCCUCCCUGGGUUGGCUGUCUGCUGUGACAUCAUCAGAUCCCUUCGUCCAUGCUCCUCAUUUCACUGGGUGUAAGUCCAGGGAGCAGGUGACGUUUAGCUGUUGGUGGAGCGCCGGAAGCUUCCAGAAUCUCACGGAACCUGGAGCACUGCAAAUGUUCUACUGGAAGAAAAAUGAUUUGACGAAAGAAUGGAGGGAGUGCCCUGACUACUCCUCCUCUGUGAAGAAUGAAUGUUUCUUCAAUAAGAACAACACAGUUAUCUGGACGACCUACUGUGUGCGGCUCAGCUCUAAAAGCCAGAACAUCACCUACGAUGAAUUGUGCUUCGAAUUGCAGGACAUCGUGCACCCUGAUCCCCCGGUGGCCCUGAACUGGACGCUGUUGAACGUCAGCCGGUCGGGCCUGAACUAUGACAUCAUGGCGAGCUGGGAACCCCCGCCUUCGGCUGACGUAUCCGUUGGAUGGUUGACACUGGUGUACGAACUCCAGUUCAGGAGGAGGAACAGCUCACACUGGAAAGUGUUGGAGCAUGAGUUUGGCACUCAGAAGUCAAUCUACGGCCUUAGUACAGGAGAGGAGUAUGAGGUGCGCGUGCACUGCUCAAUGAGGGCCUUCAAUAACUUUGGGGAGUUCAGUGAUGCCAUCUUUGUCCAUGUGUCAGAGAUUCCCAGUAAAGAGUCCACGUUCACUGUGAUUCUGGUCCUGAUCUUCGGUGCUGUGGGCGUGGCCAUUUUCCUCAUGCUCAUCAUCUUCUCUCAGCAGCAGAGACUUAUGGUGAUUCUUCUGCCUCCUGUCCCUGCACCCAAAAUCAAAGGGAUUGACACAGAAAUACUUAAGAAGGGAAAGCUGAAUGAGCUGAACUUCCUCCUGAGUGUUGGUGGCAUGGGGAGUCUCCACCCCUUCCCCCCUGACCUGUACCAGGACGAGUCUUGGAUGGAGUUCAUCGAGCUGGACGCAGACGAGCCUGAGCCUGGGGAGAAGGAGGACAACCUGGGCUCGGACACACAGAGACUGCUGAGCCUGGGUCACAACAACCACCGCACAAACCAUGGCUGCUCUCACACCCUCAGCAUCCCUGAUAUUGACUAUGAUCCAGAGCUGCCUGACCAGGAGACCCUAAUGUUGAUGGCUGCCCUCCUGUCCAGCCAACCUGAAAAAGUUGAACCCUGCCUGGGUAACCGGCGGAGCCACUCCAACCCCCCGGCCAUAGAGGUGCUGGAGGUCCCAUGCCCAAGGCUCCAAGCUCCAGGCUUAGCUCCAGAGGGAGGGGAGAGGCCCCUGGUCCAGACCCAGCUGGGAGGCCCUCAUAGCUGGGUCAACAUAAACUUCUAUGCCCAGGUCAGCGAUGUAAUGCCCGCCGGAGGGGUGGUGCUCUCACCAGGCCAGCAGGUCAGAGCCCCGGAGGACACUCCAACAACAGAGGAGGAUAAGAAGAAGAUUGGGAAGAUGGAAGGAGGAGAGGAGGAGGAGGAGGAGAGGAGAAAUAAGAAGUUGCCGUCUCAGCUGCUGGUGGUGGAUCCUGAGGCUGGGGGCUACACGAUAGAGAGCAGUGGCCGGCAAAUCAGUACCCCUGACCCCUCCUCACCCGGGGAGGUUUACUACGCCUUCCCCCCACCUUCCCCCUAUCUCCUGCAUACCACCCCCCUAGGGGACUACCAGUCCCCGUACAUCCUUCCCAACUCCCCUGCUCAGUUCCUGCCCCCUGUUUUGGACUACACUGUGGUUCAAGAUAUUGACUCCCAGCAUAGCCUUCUCCUCAACCCUCCUUCCCCCCAGAGGUCCCCCUCCUGCCCCCCACAACCCCCCUCCAAGCCCCUGCCCACAAUGCCCAUAGGGUACCUCACCCCGGACCUGUUAGGCAACCUCUUGCCUUAAAGAAAAAAACACCUCCCAGGAGGCCUUGGGGCGUAGAGGUCAGAGUUCACACGCCAGGAAGUCAGUAAUCAUACCAGAAAGACAGUCUUGUUCUACCUGAAACCAAAUAUGUUACUGGACAGACAGGCACGAUGUUUGUUUGAGAGGGGGAUGGAAGGGAAGCUGGGAAGAGAAACGUUUAGAUGUUGUGUUUGGGUUUUAUAUAAGUGAUACUGGAACUUGAGGAAAGAGUAAAUUGGCCUUUCUGGUUUGACUUAGCUUAAAGAAAGACUUGUGUUGAACAAAUCUUAGUGUGCUCUGUCUGACUAAGACCGAGACACCCAAAAACCCACUAUCUGAAACCUUUAAAUGCCCAGAUUUCUAAUGUAACGUUACACACAGAUGAACGUAUGCACCACAUAUACGCGGACAGACAAGCUCAGACAUGAUUCUAGUUGUAUGUUAUCUGACGCUUUAAGGUAUCUAUCCCUUGACUGAUUAAGUACUAUGUAAGCAAUUUCCUUGCAGACACACCCAGUCCCACCUUAAUGUUUCCUACUAUGAUCGGUUAUAGAAAUGUCAGAGAGAAGUGAGUACAGAAGCAAGCUCACAUAUGUCAUAUAACAUAUAGAUGUUUAAUACUGGAGCAUAUUGGCUUAAGUCUUAACUGUACUGUAGACGGAUCAAGUAGCAGAAUGUAAUGGAGAAUAACAAGCACAUUCAUACAAUCACACACACACGCAGACAUUUACAUCAUCGUUAUCGCCUCAUUAAUUGACAGAGCACUUAAGUGUGCUGUUUGUCAAACUUACCGCCACAAUCAGCGCAAAGUGACUAUUGGUGACUAUUGUUGUUCAUUUAGCACUCGUUAUUUUGCUAUACCUUGCUUGCAUUUUCAUGCUUAUAUUUAGCUUUGAAUUCUUGCGGCAGAGUCAUCUAAUCGCUACCAGACUGAGGUCACAGUAUGGAACACAGCCAUUAGACAACCUGUCUGCACUCAAUGUGAAAACUCACUCUGAUUACCAUAGUAAAUGGAGAACAAGGCAGGUCAUAACAGCGAACAUGUUUCACUUGUGUAAUGAGACAUUAACGAGCACAGACUAGAGUCUCACAAUACAGGAAAGACUGCUUUUGUAUGUUCUACUUACUUUGCCUUCAUUUUAACUGCAGGGACAAGAACUGAAAAUGUGCAGAGGUACUUAGAAUGUCUUUCUCUCUGUGUUUCUACUGUUCUCAAUGUAGUUGCAAUGCCAGCGUUAAUGUGCUGUCGCUUGCGCUUUAUGAUAGUGGAAUGAGCCUCUUUUGACGUAGUGAAACGUACUUAGACACUCAGGGUUUUCUAUAUGCACCCAACUUUGCAAACACACACACACACGCAAGCACAUCCAUACACACCAUUUCAAAACGUGGAAAAGACAGUAUCCACUUUGCUUUUGAGCUGACGUAUACACACGCACACACAUUGUUGUAAAAAAAAAAAACUGGUGGUGAUUUGGAAAUGUACUAGUUUGUGUAUCUGAUCUGCAUUAGUGAUUGACAAGACGCUCCGUAGAUACAGUAGAUUAUACUUGUAUCAUCAGAAGAAAGAUCAUCUUCAUCCCGGAGAGAAACCGUCAGAUCCAGUGGUUGCGUGAGGAGCUAGAGUAUGUGUUUGGUGUUGGACAUUGUACGGUAUAGUCAUAAUUGUUCGUAGGCAAUGAACGCUUUAAAGGUGGAUGUGAACCUUUUCAGGACCAUCAUUAUUGGAGAGUCUUGUCUCUGUGUAUGACUGUGGUCAUUCUGUCAGAUCCAUUCAGCGUAUACACUCUUAGAAAAAAGGGUUCUUCGGCUGUCCCCAUAGGAAAACCCUUUGGUUUCAGGUAGAACCCUCUGUGGAAAGGGUUCUGCUUGUUUUUUUACCUUUAUUUAACUAGGCAAGUCAGUUAAGAACACAUUCUUAUUUACAAUGACGGCCUACCCCGGUUAAACCCGGACGACGCUGGGCCAACUGUGCGCCGCCCUACGGGACUCCCAAUCACGGACGGAUGUGAUGCAGCCUGGAUUCAAACCAGGGACUGCAGUGACGCCUCUUGCACUGAGAUGUAGUGCCUUAGACCGCUGCGCCACCCGGGAGCCGCUGCGCCACCUUGGAACCAAAAGGUUUCUACCUAGAAGCAAAAAUGGUUCUUCAAAGGAUUCUUCUAUGGGGACAGCAGAAGAACACUUGUAGGUUCUAGAUAACACCUUUUUUUCUAAGACUGUACAAACUGCAUCACAAGGACUGAAAGCCUAUCUGUAAGUGCAGAAUAUCUGUUACUAUUUUGUGGUGUUCACUACAGGAGCUCUUGACCAUUACGAUUCGUAAAUAUGAAACAUUUAUUAUGCCGGCACAUUAACAAUGUUCAGUUCAGAGUUCAAUAUGGACAAUAUCAAUUUUCAGUUGUCAAUCCAACAAUUCAUGAAUGAUGAUAAGUGUUUUUAAACAGAUAAUAUCACGACACAGCCUGUUCAAGUGUGCCAUUCUCUGGCAUGCUUAUUCUCUCUCGCUCGCUCUGCUUCAUUGAGAAAUGAUUAAGUGAACUGCUGCUGCCGCCAUCGCUGAUGAGACCAGCAUGUAAACAUUGAAACAGAAAUCUACAAGUGCCGUAACAACUGUGUGUGUUGUAUUUUGUUUUGUUACUAAUCAGAAAUGUUGCUGCUAGGUACGUUUCACCGCCUGCAUUCAGCCUUACCACGGGCGUAUACAGGAGGGCGCAACUUCACAGAAGGUUGAGAUCGAAAUGCGUUGUCUUCAACAGACAUCAUUCUAUGUUGUGUAGUAGAAUAUGAAAAAGUGUCAGCUCUAUACAUUGCCUUUCUAUCUGCAACAUUCUAAAACUUUGCAAACAACUGAAUAAGCCAGAGGUGCCUCUGUGUAUAUACAGUAUAACCUGUUUGGCGUGCAAGCCCGACCUCGGACCGAAAAUGACACCCCUGCAGAGCGCGAAAUUCAAAAUCUAUUUUUUAAAAAUAUUUAACUUUUACACAUUAACAAGUCCAAUACAGCAUUUGAAAGAUAAACAUCUUGUCAAUCCAGCCAACAUGUCCGAUUUUUUAAAUGUUUUACAGAGAAAACACCACAUAUAUUUGUUAGCUCACCACCAAAUACAAAAGUGGACAGACACGUAUGAAUUAUGAUUAUGAAGUAUGAAUUAUGAUUGAAGUAGCAUGCACAACCAACCGAAAUAAACUAAAACCAACCUAAAGAGCCCAGAAAAAACGACCUCAGAUUACAGUCAUAUAACAUGUUACACAAUAAAUCUAUGUUUUGUUCAUAAAAAGUGCAUAUUUUAGCUAUAAAUCAGUUUUACAUUGAUGCUACCCAAAAAUGCUAAUACAUAGCUACAGUCUGAAUCCAGCCGGGAGUAGCCAGAGAAAAUACAUACACCAACGUCGGCUACUAAUUACACCUCAUAAAACAUUUCAGAAAAACAUAUGGUGGAUAACUAAUGAAAGACAGAUAUCUUGUGAAUACAGACAACAUUUCCGAUUUUUGAAGUGUUUUACAGCGAAAACACAAUAUAUCGUUACAUUAGCUAACAUCAUAAGCUAGCAUAAGGCAGCAUUGAUUCUAGUCAAGCGCUAGCCUAGCAUAGUUAGCAGAGUUAGCAUUCAACAGUUCGACAUUUUUAUGAAAAAGCAUCCCAAAUUGGGUCUUAUCUUUCUUGGUACUCCAUCAGAAUGUUGUAACGGGGUCCAAUGUCCAGUAGAGUCUUUAGUUGGGUUCCAGAACGAAUGAUUUCCCUCUUUGGUUAGCUAGCACGGUAGCAUUGCUGCGCCAGAAAGCGUUUCUUCAAAAAAUUCUUCCGUCGUUUCACAUCUAAAGUCCAGAAUAAAUUGCAAUAAUAUAAUUAAAGUAUAUUGAAAAAACAUACUUUAGGAUGAUUUUGUGACAUGUAGCAAAUAAUAUCGUAGUCAGGCAUCAUAUUCAACGUUAUCUACCUUGUUCCAGAAGCCGAGAUCAAAUUAUCCUUCGCGCCCGGAUUUUUAUUUUAACUGCGCAGGUCUCACAAGAAGUUCUGUUAUUCAGUCCAGGGACGAGAUAUUCGACUCCUUUCAAUUCUCACUUCCGCAUUACAUCCAGAUGAAGGCGUAUGACGUGUUUCUACGGUCCUAAGUGUAAUGACCUUUUAUAGACAAGGUCUUAAAGAGACACAUCGCAUUUUGGGAAACUCAAUUCGGCUGGGAAAAUGGCUGUAAAAAUAUUUCUGUUCGACUUAGAGAAACAAUUCAAACCUUUUUAGAAACUACAGACUGUUAUCUAUCCAACAGUAGUAAAUAUAUGCAUAUUGGAAAAUAAAAAGUUUCUUAGGAGGCCGUUUGAAAAUGUGCACACAUUUUCCAGUUUUUUCAAUAUUCAGCGUGCAGCCAUAACAGGAUAAGGAAAGAGAUAUCAGAAUAUUUAAAUAAUUAAGUACUCGUAUGACAUUUGUGACAGGCCGGCUCAAACCAGUCUUAUGUAGCAACAUUUGAAAUUGUCUCAGCUAACAUUAGGCUAUAACUAGCCAAGAAAAUGGCUCUGAGAUACGAAAUAAUAAGACCAUCCACAUAACGUUAGCUAGCGAGCGAGCCAGCCAGCUAACGUUAGCUAGCUAACAGCACACUUUAACUUGAAAUAAAACCACUUUCCUUUUUUUGUUGAAAACUCUGUUUAUUCAGUUUUACACACACAAGACAACACAAAGCAAUAUAAAUAAUAUACUCAACUAGAAAAAAAUACAAAUAAUACAAUUUUAAAAAAUAGCUUUAAAGAUACCAUACUUUAGACAAGUUAAACACACCAGGUAGAAGGCUACAAAGGUUAAAGGGCAAUCUAUAGUACAGGGACAGAGCAAACACCUCACCAUUGUUCCUGUAAACAGUCAAGGGAUAGGGGUGGAGAAAUGCAACCACUCACAGACCGUCAUGGCCACAGACCGACCAUCCACUGAACCAAAAAUAAAAGGUUUACAAUGCUUUAAAAUAAAUGAAUAAUAAUAAUUUUAUGUAAGCGUCAACAAAUGUUUAAGAAAUGCUCAUCCAACCCUUAAGUCACAGGGGGGUCAAAUACAGACUUAUUUUUGUUUUAAAAUUAAUGCCAUCAGAGGAUGGACUGUUUAAAGUAUGACCGGAAUGGAGCCCAAGCCUCAUAAAACAGUUUGGGGUUCCCACGUGUAUUGAAUUAAAACAUUUCUAGAUAAAACCACUUUCUGUCAAAAUAGAAACGUGUAAUAUCUGAAAAUGUAGCUAGCUAGACUAUCUUACCUGUAUACAUCAUGAUUCAUGGAUAGGCCCAUCUCCUGUCGAAUGCCAUAGUUGCCCUUAGUUUGAAGAUGUAAUCCAGAGACAGGUCGUUUCUCCAGCUCCUUAGCUAUCAUACUCGAAUUCCACUCAUUUCAAAACUCGGUCCUCCAGAAAGUGGAGAGCAACAGUUAUGCAGUUUUACUAAUCGAUACAUUAAAAUAAAAGCCGUGUUAGACAGGAUUACCUAGACAUACUGACCAGCUCAAAUAGACAGAAGCGUGCUAUAUGGCAGACCAAUCCAAACUCAUCUCUCGGCAUGUCCAUCCCACUCAUUAUCUCAGCCAAUCAUGGCUAGCGAGAAGGUUGCUGACUUUUUCUGUGGCUAAACCAACUAGGCUCGUAAUUUAACAAUUUAUUUGUAUUUACAGAUGGCAUACAAGUUUGUUAUUAAGGCAUAUGAAAGUUCAUACUGUAUUUCAGCCCCCCAAAAUUAUUUUUGAUUCAAAAAAUGGCUCUCGAAUGAAGUAGUGACCUGUGACAUACGCCUAGUUUCCUGAAACGGGUCACAUUUAUGGAUGUUUGAAGGUUACAGAUAUAGGAAGAGAGAACGGAGAACAACUCUAUUCAAGCUUACGAGACAUCUGUUUACCAUUUGUGCAGUGGUGGAAAAAGUACAACAUGAUCAUACUUGAGUAAAAGUAAAGAUACCUUAAAAGAAAAUUACUCAAGUGAAAGUCACCCACUAAAAUAUUACUUGAGUAGACGUCUAAAGGUAUCUGGUUUAAAUGUACUUAAGUACAGUGGUGGAAAAAGUUCUCAAUUGUCAUACAUGAGUAAAAGUACAAAGUAAAAGUAAAUGCUAUACAUGAAAUUCCUUAUAUUAAGCAAACCAGAUGGCACAAUUUUCUUAUUUUUUAAAAAUUGUAAUUACGGACAGCCAGGGGCACACUCCAACACUGACAUAAUUUACAAAUGCAGUAUUGGUGUCUAAUUAUUCCACCAGAUCAUCAGGCAGUAGGGAUGACAAUGUUUUAUAUUGAUAGGUGCGUAAAUUGGACCAUAUUGCUCUCCUGCUAAGCAUUCGACAUGAAACGAGUACUUUUGCGUAUCAGGGAACAUGUGUGGGAGAAAAAGUAAAUGCACUAUAUGAACAAAGGUAUGUGGGCACCUGUCAUAUAUCCAUAUUUUGUUUCUCCCUGUCCAUAUGUUGUAUUUCAGACUAAAUCAAGUAUCUGAAUUAUCUAUCAUGAAUGCAUAGCAGAAUCGGUUUUUACAUUGUAAACUCAGCAAAAAAAGAAAUGUCUCCUCACUGUCAACUGCGUUUAUUUUCAGCAAACUUAACAUGUGUAAAUAUUUGUAUGACCAUAACAAGAUUCAACAACUGAGACAUAAACUGAACUAGUUCCACAGACAUGUGACUAACAGAAAUGGAAUAAUGUGUCCCUGAACAAAGGGGGGAUCAAAAUUAAAAGUAACAGUCAGUAUCUAGUGUGGCCACCAGCUGCAUUAAGUACUGCAGUGCAUCUCCUCCUCAUGGACUGCACCAGAUUUGCCAGUUCUUGCUGUGAGGUGUUACCCCCCUCUUCCACCAAGGCACCUGCAAGUUCCCGGACAUUUCUGGGGGGAAUGGCCCUAGCCUUCACCCUCCGAUCCAACAGGUCCCAGACGUGCUCAAUGGGAUUGAGAACCGGGCUCUUCGCUGGCCAUGGCAGAACACUGACAUUCCUGUCUUGCAGGAAAUCACACACAGGACAAGCAGUAUGGCUGGUGGCAUUGUCAUGCUGGAGGGUCAUGUCAGGAAGGGUACCACAUAAGGGAGGAGGAUGUCUUCCCUGUAAUGCACAGCAUUGAGAUUGCCUGCAAUGACAACAAGCUCAGUCCGAUGAUGCUGUUACACACCGCCCCAGACCAUGACACACCCGCCACCUCCAAAUCGGUCCCGCUCCAGAGUACAGGCCUCGGUGUAACGCUCAUUCCUUCGGCGAUAAACGCGAAUCGGACCAUCACCCCUGGUGAGACAAAACCGCGACUCAUCAGUGAAGAGCACUUUUUGCCAGUCCUGUCUGGUCCAGCGACGGUGGGUUGGUGGCCAUAGGCGACCUUGUUGCCGGUGAUGUCUGGUGAGGACCUGCCUUAUAACAGGCCUACAAGCCCUCAGUCCAGCCUCUCUCAGCCUAUUGCACACAGUCUGAGCACUGAUGGAGGGAUUGUGCAUUUCUGGUGUAACUCGUGCAGUUGUUGUUGCCAUCCUGUACCUGUCCCGCAGGUGUGAUGUUCGGAUGUACCGAUCCUGUGCAGGUGUUGUUACACGUGGUCUGCCACUGCGAGGACGAUCAGCUGUCCGUCCAGUCUCCCUGUAGCGCUGUCUUAGGCAUCUCACAGUACAGACAUAGCAAUUUAUUGCCCUGGCCACAUCUGCAGUCCUCAUGCCUCCUUGCAGCAUGCCUAAGGCAUGUUCACACAGAUGAGCAGGGACCCUGGGCAUCUUUCUUUUGGUGUUUUUUAGAGUCAGUAGAAAGGCCUCUUUUUAGUGUCCUAAGUUUUCAUAACUGUGACCUUAAUUGCCUACCGUCUGUAAGCUGUUAGUGUCUUAACGACCGUUCCACAGGUGCAUGUUCAUUAAUUGUUUAUGGCUCAAUGAACAAGCAUGGGAAACAGUGUUUAAACCCUUUACAAUGAAGAUAUGUGAAGUUAUUUAGAUUUUUACGAAUUAUCUUUGAAAGACAGGGUCCUGAAAAGGGGACCUUUCUUUUUUUGCUGAGUUUAUAAGAAUUGGACAGGGAGAAACCUGUAAGAAACAUUCAUACAGAGUAUUUUGUAUAUGGUCAUACAGUAUAGAUACAGUAGUCCAAGUAUUAUUUCAAGACAUAAGCCAAUAUCUUGCUGUAACUAAACUCUGUGUUGUCUUUUGCUUUUCUACAAUCCCAUGUCAUCUGUGUCAAAAACAUCUUAACAUUUUCAUAUGUUGACAUUAAAAGAGAGACGAGGAAGGGGGGCUAUAGUGGCUUUUAAAUCAUUACGCGGUUUCUUAAAAUGGUAGCAAACAGAAUGAAACGGGGAGGGAUUUACCUCAAUUUGUCCAUUGUAAACUCUAGUUUUAGUUGCAAAACGUUCGGCUGGCUCAGGUUUUGUUUGUUUGCUUGAUGUUGAUUGGCUAGUGAUGAUAUUGGCUAUACAGCCUGCUUGACAUCAUUCGACAGGAUCUGGUUCAAGGGGCUUGAUGUUCGACGGGUUUCUCAUGCUUAAGUUGGUGUGUUCUGAAAUGUUUUCCUCUUUUGUUUAAUGUUCAAUAUCUUUCAAAAAGGUACACAAUAAAUAUAUAUAUUAUCUUUGUCAGUUU